AUGUCCGAAGUCAAAGAGAAGGAUCUCGGGUCAAAUACCUUGCCUACAGAUAUCACUUCAACAGAUGGCUCGAUAAUAUCCCCAUCUUCACAUCAAGACGCCAACACUGAAGUUCCACUCAGAUCAUGGGAGAAGCCCGGAUUCAAAGGUUCUAUCCAUCGAUUCUUAAGAAGUGUUCAAGGCUACGUCUGGGAUGAUCCAGACAAACCAGCCAUCGAAAAACGUUUCCUGCUCAAACUCGAUUUCUUCCUCCUUACCUACGGCUGUCUUGGAUACUUCUGCAAGAACCUCGAUCAAGCCAAUCUGAACAAUGCCUAUGUUUCUGGCAUGCAAGAAGCGAUCAAGAUGAAAGGCAGUCAACUGACAUACAUGGGAAAUGUCUUCACUGCUGGCUAUGUAAUAAGUCAAAUCCCUGCCGUCAUCCUAGUGACGCAUGUUCGACCAUCGAUUUUGAUUCCCACACUUGAGGUUCUCUGGUCUAUCUUUACAUUCUGUAGCGCGGCUGUUACUAAUGUAUCGCAAUUGUACGCGCUGAGAUUUCUCAUCGGACUUUGUGAGGGGGCUUUCUUUCCUUGUAUCAUCUAUGUGAUUGGUUCAUGGUAUACGAAACAAGAGCGGGCGAAGCGUGUAACAUUAUUUUACUGCACCGCGACGUUAGCCACGAUGUUCAGUGGCUAUCUCCAAGCAGCAGCUUACGAUAACUUAAGCGGACAUCUUGGACAUGCUGGAUGGCAAUGGCUGUUCAUCAUCUGUGGUACCAUCAGUCUUCCGGUCGGCGUCAUUGGAUAUUUUUUCAACCCCGAUUUUCCCGAAACCACUCGAGCUUUCUAUCUCACGAAGGCUGAGAUCAAAUUAGCCAAAGAAAGACUCGUUCGCGAUGGCUACAACACACUCGGAUCGUCAGCUUGGGACAAGAAAAAGCUUUUUCGAAUGAUGGCGCAAUGGCAAUUUUGGGUCUUACCAUUCGGUUAUUUCUUCAUCCAAGCGAGCCUUCCGUCCCAACAACCGGCAUUUGCAUUAUGGUUGAAAGCUAAAGGCAACUCGGUCCACGAUAGAGAUGUGAUCCCAACAGCUCAAGCUGGUAUCGGUGUAAUCGUUCAAGUUGUAGCCGCUAUGAUAUCGGAUUCUAAUCUCUUACACGGAAAAAUUGUGCUAGCCAUCUGGACUGUACCUAUCAAGCUGAAGUUCGUUGCAUUUUAUCUUGCAUAUUUCUCAGCCGGUGUGCCGGGAAUUUGGUUUUCUUGGUAUCCAGAUCUUAUGUCUCAUGAUCAUGAGAUGAGAGGAUUUCUGAUCGCUACAAGUAAUAUGUUUGGCUACAUCAUGCAGAUUUGGUACUCGGAUGCGGUAUGGAGAACUGAAGAAGCGCCUGAAUUUCGUCCUGGUUGGAUUGCUGCAACGACUUUCGGAGCGGCGACUGCCUUGACAGCGCUAUUGACGAGAUUUCUUGAGAUGAGAGAUGAGAGGAAAGGAAUUGGAGCUUAUGGUUUUAGGUCGAACGACCUGGAAAACUCGAGAGGUGGAGGCUCGAUAGAAAACUCCGCAUUGAUUAUCUAG